AUGCUAUUCAAGUAUGACAAUCUUCUCAACAAGAAGCCGUCCACCCACUUGCAUGCCUAUCAUCACAUUGCACCAUCGCCCAUCGGAACACCAUCAAGACCACCAUCAACAGCAGCAUCGUCGUCAUCGGCAGCAUCGUCAGCGUCAUCAUCCAUCACCACACGACCAACCAGCUCGGUUAUAGCCCUUCGCCCACAGUCCCGACAAUCCCAAUCCAGUCGACAAACUGUGACGAGCAAGUCAUCGGAACCUGGCAGUAUUAAUUUAUUCCGUUUCCAUCCACUGAGGACCCUUCAAUUUUUAACGCUCGAGCUCAUGUCCAAACUGAAGGCACUCGAUCUCGAAGCCUCUUCACCUUCCGCUAGUGGCAGUCCAGAGCUCAAACAGUUGUACAAAAUUUCCAAGGAGAUUCUAACGGUAGUGAAAAUAUUAACGAAGAGAGAGGAUGAAGAUCAUAAGCCAACCGGUAAUUGUAAACGUUGCGAGAAGGCCAAACUUGUGACCCCGUCUAACAACGGCGGUGAAGGCGACGGCGACGGCACAAAGCAGCCAACGGAGCAGUUCCAGCCGGAAAGCUCCAAUCCGAACCCCACCACCACGGAGCCACCAACCGAACCGCACCAACAACGGCGGCGGCUGGAAGGGGAAAUUAAGCGAUUGCAGACGAUGAUAAGUGACAAACAAACGCUCCAAGACGGCCGUAUCGUCGAUCUCAAUCGGAAGCUGCAGGAAGCCACCAGUCGCUGCCGGCGUCUCAAACACACCCGGAACGAGUCGGAGAAGCGCCUGCUCUACGCACUGGUCGAGAACGAACGGUUGAGAUUUCUCCUCAAAACCCAAGCAUCGACCAUAACCACCCUGAAGAGCGAUUUCAGCGUCAUCGAAAAUCUCACCCAUCAACAAAUUGACCUUUUGCCGGAUCGCAACACUCGGAGCCCUCUCUCUAAUGCAGCCUGCCACAACACGAGUGCCACUCGUGGGGAGGAGCACGACAACAAAGCAUCGACGAACCCCAUCAGCAGCGCCAUCAUCGAUAAUCACCAUUGCAAUUAUCGGCACCCUUCCGGAAGCGCAGCAAUCCCUUCAUCGUCGCCAUCGUUAUCACCGUCGUGCACUCGCCUCACCUCGGCCGUUACGUCCGAUGAUGACUGUUAUCUAGGCCCUGGUAUGCAGCAGCAGCAAUCAUCAAAUGCCGAUACCACCACGACCACCACCAGCACACAGGAAAACCCCGAUGCAUGCAUGGUAGCAGCGGUGGUGGCGGAAAAACUCAGGAAGCUAAGGCGUCAUUAUGGCUUUAAAAAUAUCGCUGAAAAAGAAAGUGACGACGGUAAUGAUGCUAACGACUUGUCACACUCCUCCCCAACGUCUUCUUCCCGCUUCUGCUCUUCAUCGACUCCGACAACAACGGAACCACUAUCGGUGCCACUAAAGACGACAAAGACACUCGACGACAACAUCCUGGAUGCUGCUGCUGCUGGUGCUGCGGCGCUCCGAUGCAAACCACUGCCGCCACCGCAAGGAUGCAAGCGUGGUGCAGCUAUUCGCGAGAAAGGUGCAAAAAAUGGGUCACAUUUCAAAUCAGCUCCACCGAAGAGUUCUGCUGCACCGCCACCGCCGGAAAAGCUAAAGUCAUCGAAAUCUAUGCCAUCAUCGAUAGAAUUCGUAUGAUCAAAACCAGUCAAGCGCACAAUUUUGAUUGAUUCUGAUUGUGAGUUAUCCCAAUCGGAACCAGAGCGGCGACCCGGCACCGACAAUGAUGGAGGAGACGAAGGCAAUCAGAAGAACCAUUCCAAUGGCACCGAUUGCCCAGUACCAUAUCUUGGACCCAAAAAUAGAUCGUCGCUAUCGGCCAAAUGUAUUGCCAUGGCUGUGUGUCCCGGGUGGGAGAGGUUGAGAAACUAUAUUAUGUUUUGUAGUCUUGUCUUGCUAUCAUUCUUGUGAAAAGCUUCUCUAGUAAAAGUCAAUUUGCACUUUAAGUUUGUAAUUAUUUCAAAAAUAUAGUCGGUUCCUAUGUAACUUUGACUCCCAUUGCAAUGCCUUAAUCCAGUACCUAUAGGAAAGAUAACAGAAACAAUGGAAAAACUGGAAGGCCCAUUUGUUUUCUUCUAUAAUCAAUGGCAGAAUAACUUGCUCAAAUGAUACGGAUAUCCGAGCGGAUUUGGGAAUGGUGACCACCUCC